CUGUGUGCUUAGGUGCCCGAGCUACUGAGGGUCUAGGUCCGGACAGCCAAAAAGAGUGUGGUUAGCAAGAUGAACAAAGAUGCGCAGAUGAGAGCAGCAAUUAACCAAAAGUUCAUAGAAACUGGAGAAAGAGAAUGCCUCAAAGAGUUGCUGAGAGCUAAAUUAAUUGAAUGUGGCUGGAAGGACCAGUUGAAGUCACACUGCAAAGAAGUAAUUAAAGAAAAAGGACUAGAACACGUUACUGUUGACGACUUGGUGGCUGAAAUCACACCAAAAGGCAGAGCCCUGGUACCUGACAGUGUAAAGGAGCUCCUACAAAGAAUAAGAACAUUCCUUGCUCAGCAUGCAGCCUUUAAGACUGAAUUAGAUUGUUGUUUUGUGGUUUUAUUUCUGAAAGUAAAACUUGCCAUAAAUUAG